AUGCAUCUUUCUCAUAUUACCACCCUUCUGGCCGCCCUGGCUGGACUAUCCGUUUCAACAGCCUCCCAAGGCAUCAACUGCGUCCAUCACCGGGCUCGAGCAGGUGACUUCAUGGAUGGACCUGCCAAGAUGAGCGCAGAUCCUCUCGUUCACUUUGAUUCCCCUAUGGUCACUGUGUUCAAUGAAACCGUGAGCGAAAACUGGUCUUUCGACGCUGCCUCUCAUGACGGAAAAGCCAGUAUCGUCCUCUAUCUCACCCGGGGCACAGUUGCCAGCAACAUCGCUGCCCAGCGUGGCUUGAUUUCCAUCGCGUGGGCCAACGGAACCCGAUAUAUGGAAAACGCUUUUGUCGAUAUAUCAACCUUGACGACUUGCCAAAAGACCACCACUGGAACUUGGACUAACGACGCUGGAAACAUAACCUGGGGCUUCUCCGCGUCCAAAGAUUUCAAACAGUCUAUUGCUACCAUAGAGUCUCCCACCAUCAAAGGCACAUUCAAGCUCAAGUCGCGAGGACCUCCGAUCUACCCCGGUGGACUAGUAUACCCUGAUUCCAGGGCCAGCGUGCUGCUUGCCCCGGAGAUGUACUGGCAGGAGCAGUUCCCGGUCGCCGACGCCGAGGUGCAUCUCAGCAUCCGUGGCACACCCUUCGACUUGUACGGCGUUGGAGGACGGGACAAGAACUGGAACUCCCGACCCUGGGCCGCCAUCAGUGGGAAGUGGGACAUGGCUCGGGCUAUUGCUGGACCGUACGGCCUUAUGCUUUGGAACUACACAUCGGCUGUAGACGGCCGCCCCUACUUUAGCGCUACUCUGACGAAGGGUACCAAAGUCAUCUUCCGCACUGCCAAUCAGGAGCCUUCAUGCUCUGAGACCUAUGGUACCGUCAUAUUAGCCAAGGAUGGCCCUGUCCAUCUAUCAUCCGCCCCGGGUACCAAGUCCCCGUUACCCAAGUCGCGCCACACGGGUUACCUCAUCGACUUGGUGUCCCCAAAGACAGACGAACACUGGCACUUCGCUCUUGACUUUUCCCAGACCACGUUUUGGUUUCCUGCUAGUGAGACUCUGACUGUUGGGCAGUUCGCAGGAAAUGUCUCUGGCGGACUGAGUUCGGGUAUUAUUUCAAAACUUUGCGAAAUAUCCUAUCUCAGCAGAGUACUUCCCAGUGGUCCGAUCGACACAUCAUCUAAAGCCUCUAAGAUUCAAUGUUCCCUCAAACUCCCUUUCUCCGUCAGCUGGCUCAUCGUCCCUCCAGCCAGUAUGCCCAAGGACCUUCUCGAAGACCAACAGGUUGAGUUGAAGUCUCUAUGCGUCUGCGAGUCUGGCAUUCGUAUGUUCUGGGAAUACACUCCAAUAUGGGCCAGUCAGAGCAGCUUCAGUUGA